ACUGACCGCCAGCCCAGCCCAGCCCAGCCCAGUCGCCGCCGCCGCUGCUGCUGCCCGGGCACCAUGUGGCUGAGUCCCGGGGAGGUGACGCUGGCCAGCGCGCUGUGGGUGAGCGAGCGGGCCAACCCGUUCUUCGUGCUGCAGCGGCGGAAGGGUCACGGCGGCGGCGGCGGCCUGGCCGGUUGUCAGAUACUAGAGUCGUUCCGCUCUAUAAUCUUUAGUUGCCAGUAUCUGGUUGUUGCUGCUGGAAAGUUGCGUUUAAUGCAGCAAUAUCUGAUCAACGAGGUUGUCUACGGACUUUGCCCCCCUCGGACUGUCCUGUUCCCAGCCCCCCUCCGCUUUGUGUUCCGGUACCUUCCCUCCCCAUCCCCCACCACCACCUCCGCCUCUGGCCCCUGGUCCAGCCCACCUCCCGGUACUGAAUUCCUGGUGGGAACGCUGGAUGAUUCAAGCGCAAGAUUAAUACAGGUACACGCAGGAAAGGUGUACUGGAACAUCCUUGUCCAAGCGGAAAUAAUGGUGCACCGGGGUCAGGAAAGGGUCAUGCAGCUGUUGCCCAACAUUAUCUCAAACAGGUAUUCCCUUUAUUGGAGAGGCAUUGUGGUGGCUUUGACAGGCAGUUCCAGGAAGGAGAUCACGAAGCACUGGGAGUGGUUGGAAGCCAAUCUCCUGCAGACUCUGUCCGUUUUCGAGAACGAAGAGGAUGUGUCGACCUUCGUCAAGGGCAAGAUCCAGGGAAUCCUUGCUGAGGAAAACAAAAACAAGGAAGCCAAAGAGAAUGAGGAUUCGGGGAAGUUCAAGGAAGCGCAGUUGAAGAUGCAGAAGUUGUUUGGGAUGCCGGAGGAAGAGAAGCUGGUGAAUUAUUAUUCGUGCAGCUACUGGAAGGGACGGGUGCCCUGGCAAGGAUGGGUCUACCUCGGUGUCAACCACCUCUGCUUCUACUCCUUCCUGCUGGGCAAGGAAGUGAGGUUGGUGGUGGGAUGGGUGGACGUGACCCAACUGGAGAAGAAUGCCACGCUACUCCUCCCGGAGUGCAUCAAGGUCAGCACCAGGGACCAGGAGCACUACUUCUCCAUGUUCCUCAACGUGGGCGAGACCUUCAAACUGAUGGAGCAAUUGGCCAACAUCGCCAUGCGCCAACUGUUGGACAACCAGGGGUUCUCCCAGGACAAGGAUUUGCCCAAAGCCACCAACACCAUGAAGCACUCGUCGGCACUCAAACGGGACCUGGAUGCUCGGGCUAAGAGCGAGCGUUACCGCUCCACCUUCCAGCUGCCGCGGGACGAGAGGCUGGACGGCCACACCGAGUGCACGCUGUGGACGCCCUUCAAUAAGAUGCACAUCUCUGGACAGAUGUUUGUCUCCAACAACUACAUCUGCUUCGCCAGCAGGGAGGAGGAGAGCUGCAACCUAAUCAUCCCUCUGAGAGAGGUGAGCAUCGUGGAGAAGGCGGACAGCUCCAGUGUCCUCCCCAGCCCUCUCUCCAUCAGCACCAAAAACAAGAUGACCUUCCUCUUCGCCAACCUGAAGGACAGGGACUUCCUGGUGCAACGAAUCUCCGACUUUCUACAGCGCACCCCAUCCCGAAAACUGACCCGGAAUCCCCUCAGCCCCACCGCCCAGGUUUCGCCCGGGACGGAGCUGUCCCCCUCAAUGUUCUCUCUGACGCCGAGCCCAGACUCUGCCACUGACAACAACCGGCUCCUCUUCAGCGACGAGACCACCCCCACCGCCACCCAACCCCUGAUGUGCAUCUUCCGCAGGGACUCUCCCGAGGAGCUCACCCCCAAGAUGGCCAAAGAGAAGAUGAAGGAGGAGUCGUGGAACAUUCACUUCUUUGAGUUUGGCCGUGGGGUCUGCAUGUACCGCACGGCCCGGACGAGAGACCUCGUGCUCAAGGGUCUUCCCGACUCACUCAGGGGGGAGCUCUGGCUACUGUUCUCAGGCGCCCUGAACGAGAUGCAGAUGCACCCCGGUUAUUACGCGGGGCUGGUGCGGGAGUCCAUGGGCAAGGAGAGCUUGGCCACCGAGGAGAUCGAGAGAGACCUGCACCGCUCCAUGCCCGAGCACCCUGCCUUCCAGAACGAGCUGGGCAUCGCGGCGCUGCGGAGGGUACUGACUGCCUACGCCUUCCGUAACCCCACCAUCGGCUACUGUCAGGCCAUGAACAUAGUGACCUCGGUGCUCCUGCUCUACUGCAAUGAAGAGGAGGCCUUCUGGCUCCUGAUCGCGCUGUGUGAGAGGAUGUUGCCCGACUACUACAACACCCGAGUUGUCGGUGCCCUGGUGGAUCAGGGGGUGUUCGAAGAUCUGACGAGGGAACACCUUCCUCUCCUGUACGAGUGGAUGCAGGAGCUGGGAGUCAUCGGCACCAUCUCCCUCUCCUGGUUCCUCACCCUCUUCCUCAGCGUCAUGCCCUUCGACAGUGCCGUGGUGGUGGUCGACUGCUUCUUCUACGAGGGCAUCAAGGUCAUUUUCCAGGUGUCCCUGGCCGUGCUUGACGCCAACCUGGACCUGCUGCUCAGCUGCUCCGACGAGGGAGAAGCCAUGACCAUCCUCGGCAGGUACCUGGACAAUAUUUGCAACAAGCAGGCUGCCUCGCCUCCCAUCCCGCACCUCCACGCCCUACUCACCAGCGGUGAUGACACCCCGACACAGGUCGACGUCUUUGAACUGAUCAAGGCGUCGUACGAGAAAUUCGGAGCGAUCCAGGCAGGGGCCAUCGAACAGAUGCGGUUCAAGCAGCGACUGAAGGUGAUACAGACGCUGGAAGAUUCGGCCAAGCGGAGCGUGGUGCGUGCGAUUCUGACGGACACGGCCUUCAGCAUUGAGGAGCUGGAGGACCUCUACGUACUAUUCAAGGCCCAGCACAUGAGCGGCUGUUACUGGGGCGGAGGCAGCGCGGUGGAGCGGCGGGAUCUCAGCGUCCCCUACCUGGAGCAAUUCCGCAUCGACAGCGCACAGUUCUGCCAGCUCUUCACUGCCCUCAAGCCCUGGGCAUGUGGGCCCCACUCCCCCAUACUGGCACAACGCCUCUUCCGUCUGAUCAACUGCAGCACAGACUCGCUCAUUGGCUUCAAGGAGUUCGUCACAGGCCUGAGUGGGAUGUACCACGGGGACCUGGCCGCCAAGCUGAAGGUGUUGUACAGACUACACCUGCCGCCAGCUAUUUGGCCGGAAGAAGAAUCGGCGCUGGAAGCCACUCGGUACUUCACGGAAGAAACUCCAAGGGACAAGCCUUGCGAUGGAGCGGCACCUGGUGGACCACGGAUAGAAGAGGGAGCGGGGAACGGGAGAUCAGAGACAGAUGAGAAGAGCGAUUCACAUGACUACAGAUACCACCUGAGGGUGUGGGCGCGCGAGAGAGAGGGCACCAAGCAGACCAUUAAAGAGUUGACUAAAAUGAAUCAGGAGCAGUUUAUUGAGCUGUGCAAGACCAUGUACAACCUGUUCAGCGAGGCAGCGGGUGAGAGUGAGCUGUACCAGGCCAUUGCCACUGUUGCCACACUGCUGCUGCAGAUUGGCGAGGUGGGCAAGCAGUUUGCCCGGCCCGCCCAGCGGCCGUGUCUGAGUGCGGGGGGCCGGGGCACCCUGGACCUGGCCGGGGACCUCCUGAACGACGCGCUGAAGGAUCGUACGGAGGGGCCGGCCUUGGAGAAGACCCCGCUAUCGGAGGAGGAGGGGCAGGAUGACACUUCCAUGUCCUCCUACUCCAUGGUCAGCUCGGGCUCGCUGCCCGGCGAGGAGCUCUCCGAUGAGGCGGUGCUGGUCAGCUGUGAGCUGCCAGGGAUUCCCACCGCUCCCCAGCGCCCCCCCGAAGCUGAGUGGUCCAUCUCCUUUGAGCAGAUCCUGGCCUCCGUCCUGACCGAACCGGUUCUGGUCGGCUUUUUCGAGAGGCGGGUGGACAUAGCCUCGAAGAUCGUCGCCUGCAAGGGUCAGAGGGUGAUGGAGCGGCAGGUCAGCUCGUCCAGUGAGCAAGAGUUUGCUUCGUCCACCAGCUGACUCAACCCAGCCCGUCCAACACCAACGUUCGGGAGGAGCUUCCUAACAACUCCACCGUCCUCGAGCAUUAAAUCCACUCCACAGCCACGUCCCACCACGGACAUCGAUUGUCCUCGAGAAUUUGUCCACUGAGAUCUUCACCCAUUUCUACGGGACUGGUGGGUUUGUAGCCCUGAUUCCUGCCAAUCAUCUGACGAAGGGUCCCGACCCGAAAUGUCACCCAUCCAUUCUCUGUCCAGAGAUGCUGCCUGGCCCGCUGAGUUACUCCAGCACUUUGUGUCUACCUUUGGUGUAAGUCAGAAGACACACUUUGUGAUUGUCCUCGACUGAGUAUUGACCUGAUCUUGGCCUUUGUCUGGUGAGAUCUCCAUCAAUGAGAAGGACACAAGGAGUCCUGGUUCCUGAUUUUAAUGACAAUACUCUAUCUUAACACAUUAUAUACAAUUGAAGAGAACAUUUUUAUAUCUAUUUAUAUAAAUUCCCCAUGCCGCUGACGUAUUUGUAGAUCCUGGAAAUUGCCUGUUGCCUCUAACCAGUAUGGCUGUCUUAGUUUAGUAUAGAGAUACAGUGUGGAAACAGGCCCUUCAGCCCACCGGGUUCGUGCCUCCCAGCGAUCCCCAUACACUAACACAAUCCUACACACUAGGGACAAUUUACAAUUAUACCAAGCCAAUUAACCUACAAACUUUGUGUAGGUGAAAACUGGAGAUCCCGGAGAAAACCCACGCAGGUCACAGGGAGAAUGUAUAACUCAGUGCAGACAGCACCCAUGGUCAGGAUCGAACCCAGGUCUCUGACGCUGUUAGGCAGCAACUCUACUGCUGCGGCACCGUGUCUGUGUACCAGAUGUUUGCACACAGGCGUGUGACACAGGGCUGCAUUACCCUGAGUAAAUCCACCUCUGGAACAAGCGGAAAUAUUUCACGUUAGCUGAAUGUCCACAGUCCGACACACAAUGAAGGAAAGACCAGAAAAAGGACACAAAACUGCUUUGGUAACUCAGUGGGUCAGGCAGCAUCUCUGGAGAACAUGGGUAGGUGACAUUUCAGGCCGGGACCCUUCUUCAGACCGGAAACGUCACCCAUCCUAUUUCUCCAGAGAUGCUGCCUGGCCCGCAGAGUUACUCCAGCACAUUGUGCCCUUUUCUGUAAAGUAGCAUCUGCUAUUCCUUGUUUCUACAUUUUGUCUGCUCCACUGUGAAAUCUCCCCCAGGUGUGCCGACUUUGAAGAAAUUCUCCUCUUCUCUCCGUCGGGAGUUCUGUGAGACCCUCUCUCACUGCUCCCCCUCUGUGAUUCCUGCUUCUCUCCACCUUUCCAUGUUUUCCAGAGAUGCUGCCUAACCCGCUGCAUUACUCCUGCAUUUGUGCCCCUUUUUUUUUAUAAACUAGCAUCUGCAAUUCCUUGUUUCUACAAGGAAAGACCAGAAGAGUGUGUGGAGAGUAAAGGGAUCAGUAUUAACUGUACAGCAUUGGAAUGAAUGUACUGCUGGGACAAGCGUGUUAUAUGGCCUCGGGUUAUGGAGAUUUGGGUCGGGGGGGGCAGAACACUACCAGCCAGCCACGAUUGUCACCCCCUGUGAUGGAUCACAGUUUAGUGAGUGCAAGGGGCCGGUGGGGAGACUCUGUGCCCACAUGGAGCAGAGCCUUGGAUUAGUUUACGAGAUUCAUCGAUGUGGGAUGGGUUAGAAUUGUAUGGGCAGAUGCAAAGGGUGCUCAUGUGCGGGUGCCCAGUGAUGGGAGCCAGGGAACAGGGAAAUGCUCUGGGUCAGCGUGUCUCAGUGAGGUACUGUGCUUGUGUUCAUUCUUUCUGGCACUUGACACUUUACCGCAUGCACACGCAUGCAGACACUCACAUGCAUGCUCACACACACACACACACAUACCUUCCCACUUAGACAUUUUAAGACACACUUAGACAUACCUUUAGAAAGGAGAUGAGGAAGAAUUUAUUUUUCCAGAGGGUGGUAAAUUGUGGAUUUCAUUGCCACAGACAGCUGUGGAGGCCGUCUUGGGUACAUUUAAAGCGGAAAUUGACAGGUUCUUGAUUAGUCAAGAGUGUUUUAUUGUCAUAUGUCCCAGACAGAACAAUGACAUUCUUACUUGCCGCAGCACAACAUAUGUAAACAUAGCACUCUGUAAACAAUAUAAUAAAUUUAAAAAAAACAUACAUACAUACACAUAAAAGCAAACAAACAUCAAUAAAAAGACAAAACCAGUACACCUGUCUAUGUAGUUCAGAGAUUAUUUGGAGGUUGUAGUACGGGUGUCAAAGGUUAGGGGAGAAGACAGGAGAAUGGGAUUGAGAAGGGAAAAUAGAUCAGCCAUGAUCAAAUGGUGGAGUAGGCUCGAUGGGCCAAAUGGCCUAGUUCUGCUCCUAUGACGUGAACCUGUGCCUGUGAAGUUGAUGGCCGGUGUUGGUGAUGUAGGCUCAGUAGACGAGCCUCUCUCCUGUCUCCGAUUGUGUGCAGUCGCCCUUCAUCCACUCAGCACCUGCGCUCCUCAGGACAGUCAAACCUCUUGUGAAUACAUGUCGCAGCAGAGCGAGGACCAGCCUUGUGUUAUUGUCAAAUACUUCCUUGCACUUUGAUGUAAACACUACUAGUGUAGAUGAAUUAAAGGAACGUUGAAUGGUA